UAUUUAAUUUCAUUUUGGAUUUUAUUUGAAAUUGAAAUAAACAUGUCGAAGAACUUGCCAAGCCCAUCCGAUAAAAGUCUUGAGUCCAGAUCUAUGUUCAACAAAUCACAAGUAAAUGAGAAUGACGAUGGACGUGGUGAGCUCGAUAUUGUGACCCUGGUGAGUAAGUUCUAUUUGGAUGAUUACAAUCAAUGGUCGGACGAUGAGCGAGCAAAUCGUUUGGCCGAUCUGGAUGCCUUGGACAUGUGGCGCACCAUUGAAACUGUGCAACAGGAGCUGGCCAUAGUCAAAUUGGAGAAUUAUAUAAUGGUUGAUUUUCUGGAGAAGAACGAUCCGAAGCUGUUGAUCGGACUGCGUCAGCGACGCACCUCAAUUUUGAAGCGUAUCCAAAUGAAGCAGACAGCCCAACCGGACAGUCUGCAGCAAUCGAGUCGGCACUCGGGCUCCAAACGAUCCGUAUCCAUGUCCAUACACAUGGGCGUAUUGGGAGCGGGGGGCGGCGGCGGCGAGCGACGCAAACCCAUCGAGCACAAACUGAAUGUUAAGGCCAAGGCCGAAUUGGCCGAAAAGGCUGCGUCCGAGGUGGAAAAACGCGUUAUCGACAUCGAGCGAAAUGCCAUGGUUGAGGUUAAACAGCUGCGUGCCAAGAUCGAGGAACUGCAUUAUCGCAGCGAGGAGACAAUCGAGACGGAGAAAAACUUUAUGCUACACUUUCUGCGCGAUGAGAACGAUGCCUUAUUUUUGGAGACGGCCACAGAGCGUCAAAUUGAGCGCAAGCUGCGUAAAUUUACGGCUAAUUGGUUUAAGAACGCUCGAGCGUUGUUGGGCACAAUGCGACUGACGAUUGUCUCGCUGCAGGAGACGUGUCAACAGCAUCGUGCCGAUCUGAUAACCAAAGCGGAUCUCAGUGGCAUCCUCACAGCGGUGGACUUUGAGAAGUUGAUCAUUAAACGCACCGAGUUGACCAACGAGCUGGAGGAGAAGAAUACGCAUAUGGCGGGACUGAAGAGCGUUACGGGCAAGACAUCGCUAGCGAUGACCGAGGAGAAACAGGUGAUGAUGAAUCUGGAGACAGAGAUGCGUAACGUAAUCAAUCGCACCGAUGAAAUAACGCGCACCAUCACCAAACUGGAAAGGGAGGUGGCCACCGUACAGCAGAACAAUGCCAAGGAUUAUGUGAUCCUUGGUGAGUUGCGUGCCCAACUCGAUGAGUACGAGGCACCGAGCGUCACCGAAUAUAUCGAGCGCAAGGAGGAGGCACUCUACUACGAGAAGGAGGAGAAAAUGUUGCACCGCAAGAUCUAUAUACUAAACAUGAAACUGAACAAUGUGAUGCGACGUUAUCGUUAUCGCGUUGAGUAGUGUAAUCAUUGAAUAAAAAUUUCGCCAUUGGCUUACCCGAAUGAGA